AUGUUUCUUUUCUUCCUUCUCUCCUCAUUUUUAUUCCAAAUUUCGAAUGCUUCCGGAUCAAUCGAAUUGAUUUUGACUGCACAACAAAAUUCUUAUAUUAUGACCGAAAUUUGUGCUGAAACUCGUUGCAUUAAUAUUGGAAAGAAUAACAAAAGAAUUGAGCUCAACGCCAAUUUUCCACAUAGAAUGUUUGAAGGACGUUUUAUAUCGAAACCCCAGGUAGGAAUUGGUUUUAUUAUAUUUAUUGAAAGAAAAACAAGUUUUAAUUUUUUCAGGUCUACUUUGAUCUUCACUUCAUAAUUUUCAAUGCAAAUGGAGGUAAGAUUCUGAAUUAUUUCUCAAAACGAGGCACAUAUUCUAUUGUGAAUUUCUUACAGAUUUGAUCGGAAGUGCUUUCACCAAACAAAAACAUGAUAACAAUUGGAAGACGAAUGUGUUUGAAACAUCGGAUGAAUUCAAUAUCACCUACUCAUUUAGAACUGUUUGUAGCAAGUUAGUUUAUUUUUGGGAUUUAUACCACCUGAUGCUGAAUAUUUUUAUAAAGCUCAAAACUCUGAAUCUCAAUUCCUUCUGAAAGUAAUUUUUGAAGAUUUCAAAACACUUGACACUCUUUUUUAGUCUCCAAUUUUCAGAAACUACUUCGGUUCCGUAUGCGAAACCUUCUGCAAAACUCAUCCGGAUCGUCAUAUGGAUUGCUCUCCAACCGGUCAAUCAAAAUGUAUGCAAGGCUGGACUGGUGAAGAUUGUAUGACUCGUAAGUUUAUUUUCAUUUUUCUUCUUUCUCCAUAUGAAAAAUAAAUAUGUUUUCAGCAAUUUGCACAAAUAACUGUAGUAAAAAUGGAAAAUGUGCUGCGCCUGGACAAUGUGAAUGUAAUACUGGAUUCAAAGGAAAUGAUUGUUCCGAAUGUAUUCCAACUUCUGGAUGUGUUUAUGGUGGAUGUGUCUCAAAUAAUCAAUCAUUUACUUGUCAAUGUUUUCCUGGUUAUACUGGUCCACUUUGUGAGAAUCAAAUCAACCGUCAAAUGCCAAUUGAUAAUGAUAAUAUCAAAUUGAAACAUGUUAGAGGAAGACAAUCAAAUAUAAUUUUGGAUCAGAAUUCAAUCGAAGUUUCAAAUGGAAUUGAUAUUAUGGUAUUCGUUUUAUUUGUGAUUUGUUUGAUUGUUGUUUCGGGAGCGAUUUUUGUUCUUUUGUGUAAGAUUUCAAUUCGAAAUCGGAGGAUGAAUUCUGGAAUUGAAGUUGAAGUCGAAAUUGGAGCAAAAGUAAACAAAUCAUAUGAGGUAAGACAAAUUAAAAUUGAAGGCAAUUAGUUAAAUUUACCAAAGCCUCUGACUUCAAAAAAUCUAAUUUCAAAUGUUUUUUUUCAGGUUUAUACAAUUGAUACAACUCCAAAUUGUCACCACCACAGUAAUAUUUGUGAUCCACCACCAAAAUAUGAAGUGCUACAAUUUCAACAAGAUUCUAAUUCUCUAAAAUGCUGA